GAUUUCUUUAUUCGUUCAAAGAACGGAGGAGGAGGCAAAUAGGGCGCUUGCUAAAAAUCCCACCUCUUUGGACGUUCCUCGUGAGAUUUACAAGAAAGCUUUGGAGGCAAAGAUUCUUGACACAAAGCGCUGCAGUUCUGUGAGAGAACGAACUGGCUAUGAAGAAGAGAUACGCGAAUUGUACAUUUCCAGGGCGGCUAUGGAAAUCCAGAUGGGGCAGAAGAAGCAAGCCAAUUUGGUGUUUGAGGAAGCGAUGAAGCUCGACUUUUGCCGUCGUGACCCUGUUUUCUGGAAAGCCUACAUAAACUUCUUCAUUCGCAUAGGAAAAUAUGAAAGGGCUCGCAAGCUCUUCAAAAAGUCGUUAGAGCAUGUGGAUCACAACUUGGAGCAACAAAUCUGGGACUACUGGGUAAAGUUCGAGCGAAGCAUGGGGAGAAACAGCCUAACCGUGGAAGAGCUGAAGCGAGAGGUGAAACACACCACUCCUCCCAGUAACGGGAAUUCGUCGGUGUCAAACAUUUUCCAAAUCUUAACGUGUAACGGAACUGUAGAUGUGAAUGCAAUGAGUGAGGUGAGUGAGCGAGACAUUAAUCGUGAACAUCGCCAGAUGGCGUUGUUUCAAGAACCGCCUCCCGAUAUCCACAAAAUUGACGCUCGAGAAGAGGCUCCCGAGAUCGACAAUCGCAUUUUGUAUUACUUAGCCGUGGUUCUCACCGAUCCCCAAGUGAUCGAAAUGGUUGAUUUAAUGAGAGUAUCGUUCGCUUUGUUUUGUUAA